GCAGGCGGAGAGCGGUCAGUGAAGCACUCUGGUUCAGCGCUUCUCAAAGGGGACAAGCGACUCGAUCAUAACAACCUGAAACUACUUCUCCCCGUCUGUCCUUUUUUUUUUCACUCGCUGCCAGUACUGGACUUGCACAUCAAUAUUUAAGACUUCAAAUACACCAGUCGUGGCACAUUCUGCGCCAGUCGCGUUUAAGGAUCCUGGUCGAUCCUCCAUGAACGAGAGAACACGACAGUAAACUUUUGGAGAUGUCUUCUAUUUUGUCCACGUUCUACGACAUUGAGAUGCUUUACAAGCAACAGGAAAAGGGCUUGAACAUGAACGCCAUCCACAUCAACAGCCUCCUGGACAAGAAGGCGGUGGGCGCUCCGGUCCCCACCUCGAACUCCAGUCACUCCUUUUCGCCGGGAUUUUUCCGCAGAAACUCGAUGAGCAACAUGGACUUGAUGAACAACGGCAACAAGUUCCCCGUGAGCGCGUACAACAGCCUAAAGGAGAAUAUGGCAGGCAGCAACUGUGCCACGGCCCUCAUGAACAAGGAAAACAAGUUCCGUGACCGCGCUUUCAGCGAGGAGAGCGUGGAUCGCAGCUUGGACCGCAGUCAGGCGCUGCACAAUCUGCAACAGCAGAAGUCGGGCUCGCAGAUCAACUCGACCCGCUACAAGACCGAGCUAUGCAGGCCCUUCGAGGAGAACGGCGCCUGCAAAUACGGAAAGUGCCAGUUCGCCCACGGCUACCACGAGCUACGGAGCUUGUCUCGCCACCCCAAGUACAAAACCGAGCCCUGCCGCACCUUCCACACAAUUGGCUUCUGUCCGUACGGGCCCCGGUGCCAUUUUAUCCACAACGCCGACGAGCGUAGACCGGCCCCGGCCAACGCCAACGUGCAAGGGGAGCCCAACAAUAAGUCUGCCCGGGAGCUGUGCGGCUACGGCCAGCGGGACACCAUGUCACACCAGUCCAGCUAUAACCAGAGGGAAAGACCAAAGCUCCACCACAGCCUCAGCUUCUCUGGAUUCUCAUCCCACCAUGGCCUCGACUCUCAAAUGCUCGAUGGCCCCAUGUCGCGCACCCCACCACCGCCUUCAUCUACGUCCUCGUGCUCUCCGAGCUUCUACGAGGACGCGCUGUCGCCCAACUCCAUGUCCUGCGUCAACAGUGCCUUCAACUUCCAGGGACAGGACUUAAAAGCCCUACUGGCCCCUUUGACCGUGCACAACCCAAACGCCUUUGCCAACCACUCCAACGGCGCCUUCUAUGGGAACCUCCAGAGCAACAUGUGCCCGCCUUCACCCACCUUCAACAUGAGCCACUUGCAGUCCAUGCGCCGCCUGAACGAGUCGCCGGUGUUCGAGCCUCCCUCCAGCCCGCCCGACUCCCUCUCCGACCGGGAGAGCUAUGCGAGCGGGUCCCUCAGCUCCUCUGGGAGUCUCAGUGGCUCCGAGUCACCGAGUUUGGACGCUGGGAGACGGUUGCCAAUCUUCAGCAGGCUGUCGAUUUCCGAUGACUAAAUCAUUCUAUCUUUUGUUCGUGCUAUCGGCAACGGAUGAGAACUAUCCAUAUUCUGGCAUUAGUUUUGUUUUCUAUGUAACAUGAUAGCUGUAUAAAGUAGAUAGCAACAGAAGGCAUUCCACCAGUGCCUUGCCUAAGGGCUGUGAUUUAGAAACAGCCCCCUUGCUCUAUCAGGCAAGACACACUUUUCCUUGGAUAGAUGUGUAAAAUGACUUGACAAGUUGAGACUGUAAGCGGUUUCAGAUUUCUUCCAUCCUGCCAAGAAUAUGCCUUGACUCAAAGUAAAAAAAAAAAAAAAACUUUUUUUUUUUACCUGAAAGCUUCAAUUUCCAUUCCAGAACUGAAUUGUCUCAUAGCGCCACCCAGUGGUUUGUUUGGUUAGUCUAAUUUGUUGCUUGGUUUAAAAAGCACUCGAGUUUGGUCGGUUUGGGGGAAAUCACUGCUGAUGGUUGGAUCUAUAUAUAUUUUUUUUUUAGCUGUUCGAGUGAUUACAUAGCGGUGCUGACUUGCUAUGGACUAUUUAACUUAUUUAUUAUCUUGUGAAAAAGUAUAGGCUACAUUGGUAAUUUGUGACCAUACUGUAUUUAUCAAGUAUGAUGAAGCAAUAGAUCUAUAUUCUUUUAUGUUUAAAUUAUGAUCGCCAUUAUUAAUCUGCAUAAAGUGGAGUGUAUGUUUCUUUCACAGUAAUAUAUAUAUAUAUAUUUUGGUUGUUUUUCCUCUUUUUUUUUUUUUUUGUAACUUCACUUAGUUAUUUUUUAUUGUAAAUGAGUAAAAAAAAAAGAUCUUAAUUUAAGAGAACGUAUGUGAUAUUUAUUUCAUUAUGUUUCCUUGUUUACGUUAAAGUUUUUGGUGAUUGCUGUUUACUCUGGAGGUUGCAUGAUAGUGCUGUUGGAGGAUCCAUUUUUUUUCCUAAAGACAUUUUUCUCUUCUGUAGAAUGUAAACAGUGUGUUUGUACAGACCGUCCAAACCCUACCAUCUUUACCAUUUUUUUUUUCUUCUUGCGUUUAGACCAGACUUCAAUAACCAAGAACCCAAUUCAAUAAAUCAACCAAAAUGUAUUUAAAAUAAUAAUAAUUUCUCGUUUUUGUACGGGGGUGACACUGUGAUUCUAGCCAUGUGCUGAAGAAUGUAGCAAUCCCUUGUGCCCAAGUAUUAUUGUUUUUUUUCCAGUGCCUGGGGUUCACCAUCUUGACCUGCCUUAAGAUUAACCAAAUAAAGUAUUUUCCUAUAUAUGAAAUCCUUAUUUUUACACAAGUUGUAUUGAAUGUAGAUUACUUUGGGCAUAUUUUUUGUCAUUUAUUUGAAGGUUGUUACCACUCAAAGAAACUCUGGAGUGACAACAGUAAACUUUUCUCCCCAUUCCUCAACACUUAUCUUUUAGUUUUGUUUGACAUGAAAUGUAGUCUUGAGUUUUUUUGCUACAGGAUCGGCGGGGGUUUAAGACAUGUUUGGUUUGUACAUAGUAGGUACAUGGCGAUGCGCACUAUCUACUUUUGACUACUUUAUCAGAAGUAAAGCUUUUUGAAUGUGACGAAACGGACAAAUGACAACACAAGUUCUAUUCGGGACGGGGGCGAUUCACUACAAACUGAGCUUGAGACUCUUUGUGCUGUACAUUUAUUUUGUAGUUUUGUCCCAAUAAAAUCAUUUGAAAGUUAA